GGUCUCCUCAGCCACAAGAACGCGCUUUUCCACACAGGUUAAGGUGAUUGCAACUUGCAGCGUUAGCCAUGGCUUCUGAUGAACCAAAAGCAAAGAAACAAAAAGUUUCCGUGGAGAAGAAGACGGAGUCUCCGACCAAAAAGACUCAUGCAGAACUAAGCCCUAAUUCACUCUUUGGGAUGGGAAACCCCUUACUGGACAUCAUUGCUGUUGUGGACAAGGACUUCUUGGAAACUUACUCUCUGAAACCCAACGACCAGAUCCUGGCGGAGGACCAACACAAAGCACUAUUUGAGGAGAUCGUGAAGAAGUUCAAAGUUGAGUACCACGCUGGAGGAGCCACACAGAACUCCAUAAAGAUCGCUCAGUGGAUGAUGCAAGAACCCCACAACAUCGGCACAUUCUUUGGCUGCAUCGGCAAGGACAAAUUUGGGGACAUCCUGAAGGAGAAGGCGAAGGACGCCCACAUCGAUGCCCACUACUACGAGCAAGACGAAGAGCCCACAGGGACGUGUGCUGCAUGCAUCACGGGAGAUAACAGGUCUCUGGUAGCUAACCUAGCCGCAGCUAACUGUUAUAAGAAGGACAAGCAUCUCGACCUGGAAGAAAACUGGACGCUAGUGGAAAAAGCUAAAGUCUACUAUAUUGCUGGUUUCUUCUUGACCGUCUCGUUGGAGUCCAUCCUGAAAGUGGCGAAACACGCGUCUGAAAACAACAAGCUGUUUUGCAUGAACCUCUCAGCGCCUUUCAUCUGUCAGUUCUUCAAGGACAACCUCAUGCAGGUUAUGCCCUACGUUGAUGUGCUGUUCGGCAAUGAGACGGAGGCGACAGCAUUUGCUAAAGAGCAAGACUUUGAGACCGAGGACAUAAAGGAAAUUGCCAAGAAGGCCCAGGCUUUGCCCAAAGUCAACACAAAGAGGCAGAGGAUUGUGGUGUUGACCCAAGGGAAGGAUGAAACUGUGUGUCAAAGUGACAAAGUUGAGACCUUCCCUGUGCUGAAGAUCGACCCCAAGGACAUUGUUGACACAAACGGUGCAGGUGAUGCCUUUGUAGGAGGUUUUCUAUCUGAGCUGGUCAUGGACAAACCAAUAGACCAGUGCGUGAAGGCGGCACACUACGCCGCCAACGUCAUCAUCAGGCGGGCAGGUUGCACCUUCCCAGAAAAACCUGACUUCAAGUAAGGGAGUCUCAAACAACUCCAUCUGCCCGAAACCUCCCUCUCGCCCCGCCAUGCACAACUCCGGCCCCGUCUCCGUUCCCCCUGCCGCUAUUGGAUCGUGCAGCCAAGAGCCAACGAAAGAUUAGUUUACAUUUAAACUACCAGAAAGGAAUCAUGCCGCCCUCACGGGAUGUGAUCAUUUUGCUUUUACACAGACAAUCUGUUUUUAUGGACAUUUUUGUUGCCAAAUGUUUUCUGGUUCUGACACUGCCGGCUGACAGACCGAAAGGCACAAGAAGAUAAUUCCACAAUAGGAGACACGUUAUAUCCACAGAGGACUGAUCAACAGAGUAUUGGUCCACGAAGGUUUUGGAUGCUGCAUUGAAAUGUGCAGCAGUGAUUUGUUUUAGGUUUAUUUUCCAAAAUGAUUUAUUCAACUUAACAGGCCAGUUAUGAAACCAAAUGUUUUUCUUUUAAGUGAACGCUUAUAAAAUGUGUGAAAGCCCCCUGCCCACUAAUUUCUGUGAUGACUGUUAAAGUGGUGUCUUUGCUUUGUACCCUUCACUUGUUUUUUGAGUGGGUGCCUCUAGUCACACGUGCCUUUUUUCCCCUUUCCUUCCUCUGUAAAUGUUAAGAGGCCAGCUGGUGUUGUGUGAACCAGCUUCUGGUGGUACAAGGAAACCCUUUGAAACUAGAACAGUGAUGAGUACUAAAGACGUAUUUCAUUGUUUGCUGUCAGGAAUACAGAGGGUAAAUAAAACUUUACCGUUCAGUUUAGUUCUUCUAAAUGAGUGGCCUGUGUUCUUUGGGUGUUAUUUUUCUAUCUCUGUACGUUGUCACCAAAACUCAAGACUAUCAGAUUCUUUUCUUUUUUUUGUUAACUGUUACAAAUUAAAGCUACAAAGAAAAUGAAGGGAAAGAAAGGUAGAAAAUGAGUAAAAUUCUUUCUUAGACCACAGUCUGUUUUUGGAGUUGUUUUGACAUUUCUCUACUACUAGUUUUGUCCGUCUGUUACUUAAUGUUCAAAUACACCAAUAAGCCUUAAGUGACUAAAUAUUCCCCGUCUCAGUGGCACUCAGUUUCCCAUCUUUUUGCUGAACUGUCGUGCCACAAAUUCAUGAAUAAAAUAUACAACCAUC